AUGCCGCCGGAGGCGGACGACCACACGGGAGGCGUUGAGUCCGGCGUGGAUGUUGCAACGGAUGCACCCGCACCUGCAGCUGUGGCUGCGCCCGGAGAUGCAGCAAUAUCUACAGACGAAGCAGCUUCGCCAGUGCCACAGCCGACAACGACAGCGACAACAUCAGCGAACCAUCUGCAGCCCUCUGUAACGCCAAUCGACGCGACGGGUGCAGCAGCUCUGAGCACGUAUUUACCGCCUCUGACCCCGAGCGCAUCUGCAGCACCACGAUCGCCCGCAUCGUUGGCGCCGGGCUUCACCCCGCUGCUCUGCGUCGUCGACUUCCACCAUGCCCGUGGUCCGGAGGUUGAGAUGUGGUUUGGCGUACCCCUGUCCGCAGAAGAUCCCGCCGUCCAGUACGACUGGCCCUUGCUGCCGUUCAUGGCCCUCAGCGACGGCGCCCAUGCCUCGACCGAAGACUUCUCCUACUUUACGCUCUUGAAGCCCGCCACCCCUGACACAUCCUCAAGUCCCAGUACUCCUGCCACGUCCCUCUUUGGCAUUUCCUGCACGCGGCAAAUCGAUGCCGCCCAACUGCGCAACCGUUCCGCCGAAGUCACCCGUUCGACUGUCCAGAAGGCUGUUGUGGUCAUUGCCGACAGCCCCCAGUUCUUUGGCAUGCUCAAGGAGCGACUGAGUAUCGUCACAAAGGCCUGGUUCGACCAGCGCGAGUUCACCGAUGUGGACAUUUUGCGCCGGUUCCAGGAGUCGCUGGCGGAGGAGAAGUCUCGUGGUGCCCUGGGUGGCGGUGGUCUCAAGAGCAGUGCAAGUGGUAGUCGGUCGCCGCAGUUGCCAAGCGACGACGAGGACCGGGACCAGUACCUCGGUAUGAGCUUGCGCGAGCUGGUUCACGAGUUCCGUUGGCAGACGCUUGUCUUGUUCAAGUGCUGCCUGCUACAGCCCAAGAUGCUCUUUUUCGGCUCUCGCUGCGAACACCUCUGCAUGAUUCAGUUCUCUCUCGUCUCUCUGAUCCCUGGGCUCCUUCGCAACCUGCAAGACUGUGCCGGCCCCGAACUGAACAGCUACUCUGAGAAGCUUACAAAGCCAACAACCCUCCGGACAAGCGACCGCAGCUCCUUGUUGACCUACAUGGGCCUCCCGCUGCAGAUCUUUGGAAAGGGAAGCUUGUUUGGCCCAUAUACACCCCUCCAGCAGCUUGACGUAUUGGCCGACGUUGGCACAAAGUCCUACGUUGUCGGCAGCACCAACUCGCUACUCCUGCAACAGCGUGACCGCUACUCGGACAUUCUCAUCAACCUCGACGACAAAACUGUCAACAUCACGUCAACCUCCCUCCGCGCUGCUCUGCAGCUCUCUGUGUCCGAUCGCCGCUGGAUUGAUUUCAUCACACAGGAAGUAAACGACACCUGGGACGAAGCCAACCCCGGCCGGCCCAAGACGAUGGGCUAUGUCGGCAGCGAGGAGUUUAUCCGACUCCAGUUUGAAGAAUACCUGCUGUCUCUCAUCUCCUCCGUCAAGUACCACAACUAUACGACCACCCCCAACAGCCAUACAGGACGUGUGCCGGCACCACCCCUGCCACACAUUGAGGGUGAUCCUUCUACCGACUUUGGCGUCGAGUUUGUGGAGUACUGGUCCCACACCGAGAACUACAAGCUCUGGAGCACGAAUACAGACUCCCACAUCUUUGAAUUUGUGGAGCCAAAGCAUCCCUGUGCGGGCGGAUUGUCAAUAGACGACGUGCAGCGCCGCAUUGCCCAGCAGGUGCAGGACCUCCAUCUGGACGAGCGUUUUGCCCAAGGCAGAGAGGUGCUCGGGCGCAACAUUGCAGCUGGUCGCGAGAAGGCGUCCACUCUUUUCAACAAGCUGUACGCGGAUAUGGAGACGCUCCGCGAGUCACAACGGCGACGGGCCGAAGAGGCGCGGCAACAGCAGCAGUCGGAAAAGGCCCAAGCCAACAGCAACGGUGACCACCCUGGCCUCAAAGGCGGCAGUUACCCGAACGGCGAAGCCAAGCACGGAGUUGUCGGCGUGGGCGGAGUCGACCUGUCCAAAGCACAGCAGACCGUCCAGGCUGCCGGCGCACGGGCGACUGCCUACAUGAGCAGCUGGGCAUCCUGGGCUGGCGAAAAGCGCAAAAACACCGGCUGGGGCCGGAUGUCAGGCGCUCCCAGUACCGCGAGCAGCGGCAGUGCAACCAACAACGGCAGCAGCAGCGGCAGUAACGGCAGCGGGAUGACCAGCCCCGCCGUCGGUGGCAGCAGCAGCUGGAGUUUGCUUGGCAGCGCCCGCCGGGGCAACCGCAACACAAUGAGCAGCACAACGUCCGACGCAUCGUCGGAGCGUGGCCUGCGCAUGUCGGUCUCGUCCUUUAUGACCGGCACGAGCGAGACCAACGACAAGGUGCUGCCGGCCACGCCGUCCGUGCAGACGCCAGCUACAUUUACUUCGGCUUCCGGUCGAUCCGUGAGCGGCCACGACUCGCUUCACGAUUUCCCUCCCGAUCUCAUCGUCCGCAACCUUGACGAGGAGCGGCCCAUCCGGCCGCCGCCCAAGGACCUCCCGCCCAAAGAUGUCCCGCCCAAGGACAUUGCGCCGAGAGAGGUGCUGUUCUCCUCACCAGAUGACUCGACAGCCGAUGUGACGACCAAUGGAACCAGCGAGAAUGUGCAGGGCCAGGAUGCCAAAGAGACUAGCCCGCCACCGCCUGAGCCGCCCAAGGAAGCACAGGCCGAGUUUGAGCAAGUAUCUCUGGUUGAGAAGCCCGAGGAUGAGACGACCGAGAAGAAACAGGAGCCGGUAUCGAAGCAUGCGCCGUCACGCUCUGUCGGCUCCAAAGUGAUGCUCUUGCCAUAA